GUAGCUGAAAAAGCGGCCCAUUUACGCCUCACUCCUCAGCCGGACUCUCGUCCUUCCUUUUGUCGCACGCACACACUGUGCCUCGCAGCACCUUCUUACGCAACAUACGGAUCUAGAUGAGGUCGUCCAUCGUUCUCCUCGCUCUCCUCGACUGAUUCCGAAGAUGUCGAAGAUAAAGCACCUGGUUUCUAAAAAGCCUGCUGCCGUGCCUCCACACGUACCAGAGCGAAUUUUCGACCCGGAGAAGGAUCUCAAAGAUAUCCUCGUUGAUUUCCAAUCGGACUACGAGUCAAUUGCAAACGUCAGGCUCGACCGAAACAGAUCAUUUGAAGCAAUUCGAGAUGAUAUGGAGAAAUCUUUGGACGAACAUCGCGUGGAGAAUUGCCAACGCUCCAAAAAGGUCCUCCGCAACAUUGGAACGUGCCUCAUGAAAUUCGGAGAAAUUGCUGCUGGUGGCGCCAGUAUUGCAUUUCCAGCAACCACGCCGUGCUGGAAUGUUGUCAAUGUCAUUGUCAAGUCAAUACAGCAGAAUCAGGAGGUUCUCGAUGGUUUCAUUUAUCUGAUGGAACGUUCAUCAGCCUUCCUCGGGCGUUUGAAUGAUCAUCUGGCAGAGCACCCCGACAACACAGGAGAUAUUCUUCCAAAAUCUCUACGGGAACCCGCAUAUCGGAUACUGCAUCUCUUCCUCGGCACGUUGAUGGCAUCAUAUCUGGUGUUUCAGCGAGGUACAUGGUCAAGCCUCAAGAGGUACAUGAAAAUCGUUCUAUUCAACGAAGAUCACGGAGUCGCCGAGAAGCUCACAGACAUGGAAGAAUCAAUACGCGAUUUCGUGGAGACCCAAAUAAACCAAAUUCUGAUUGACGUAAGGGGAAUUGCACGCUACUGUACAAGUUUGGAGGAGAUUAAGAAGAAUGAGAAGGAAGUCCUAGACUACGUUCGUGAGAUAUUCAGCCAUACUGGAGAAAUGGCAAACGUCCUUCAACAGAUGAAAGAAACAUCUGAGCGUCUCGCGAACGAGAAACAAAACGCUGAGAACCUUUCCAAGAUUCGUAGGAGCUUCAGCUUGGGUUCUGGGGAUGAUGAGUCGUGGAAGAAGCGUCAUGACGAAGUCGGCAGAGUCAAUGUCCCCCUCACUGGACAGUGGCUCCGAUCAGAAUAUCAAUUCGAAGAGUGGUCAGAUACUGCUAAUCAAAACACCAAGGUACUGAUGCUGCAAGCUGAACCUGGUUAUGGGAAAACACACCUCAUCUACAGUGUCAUCCAGCAUUUGCGCACGAGGUACAACAACGACAAUCAGAGUUCGGCGCCUGUUCAUAUCGCAUACUACUACUUCAACGAUGAGAAGGAUGAAAGUCUUGAGCGAUGCGUUGGAUCCAUCAUCUAUCAAUUCGCAAAGACGGACAAUCGUUACGCUACAGCUGUUGCUGCUGCAUUCAAGAAGGAGACGAAUGUGAUCAAGGCCCAAGAGCGGUGGACCAAUCUGGUGUCUGGACAAGCACCUGCGAUGAAAGGGACUUAUUUUGUCUGCAUUGAUGGAUAUGAUCCUCGAGUCCGAUCUGUUCUUUCUGACAGCACAAUCAACGAUAUGGCAGGUUGCUCAUCUACCUUGGCAUCUAAAGGUAUCUCCCUUCGCCUCAUGAUCGCAGGUACAGAGAACAUAUUACCAGAUGCCAGUAAAUCUCAGCCAGGAAUUGGUCAAAUCUCAUUAGAUGCCGGCAGGUCGCAGGAUCUGAGUGUCGUUCUUCAAGACAAUAUCGAUCGUACAAUCGCAGCGAGGCCUGAGUUCAAGGAGGUUCUGAAUGAUUCGAACGUCAAGAAAUUGAUCACCGACGUGAAGGAUUACAGUCUCCUAAACAUGAAAAUGGCCCAGAUCAGCAUGUGUAAUUCAGAGGAGGAAGUUCAGGCUGUCAUCGAUACAACCGGAACGACGUGGAACAGCCUGUUGAGAGACAAGAUUCAUACUCUUUACAGGUCGCUGACUCCUGCUCAAACUGAUACCCUCAACGAGAUCCUUAAAUGGAUCGUCGGGACGCAAAAGACGAGGAAUAGGUCAUACAUUGCGGUCGAUAUACUAGAGGGCGUGCUUCUCCUCAAGCUCAAUCAAAAGAUGUUUCUGAACGCCAUCAUAUCCAGGAUCUAUCCGAGGUUGCUGAAAGUCGAUGAACAGGAUGAUGUUCUCCUCAGAUCCGAUGAUUACUUUGAGAUUCUAUGCACGAAAGACAAAGAACGCCUCGAAUCUGAGAUUACCGUGCCCGAGAUCGAGAUGUGCAGCCGCAUAGUUGCUCACGCAUGCGGACCUAUAGACUUUGCUCGAUUCUCGUUUGAGAAGUUCUUCAAGGAGCUAAUUGGAAACCAGAAAUCAGAAGUCCUGGUGGAAGCAAACGACGCUCAAAUCGCCAUCCUGACUUCAUGUGUAAAUGUCUUUCAGGCACCCCUCCAGGACGCCCUCGAACCCUUGGAAGACUAUUCUGCGUACUGGUUUUAUGAACACUUGAAGACUUUGAUGGACGGCAUCGACCCCCAUUAUCUUGAAAACCGCCACAUUGCCGAGAUUGGCUCUAGGCUCGUAGAUCUGUUUUACGAACCGGACUGCAUUAACAGAUGGUUCAAAGAUAACAGAAUCGCAUCUCUAAGAGCUGACUGGAUUGACAAAGAUUCUUUCAUUGAUGCAUUGUUGAGCUUCUGGAGGAGCUCCUACGCCGUCAAAGGGGUUACAAGCACAGACGAGAGAACGGACGAAAAGCAUGUUUGGGCUAUGUCCUUCUUGGCCGAGUCCGGAGACAAGAUCCAGGUCCUGGAGAAGAUAUCCGUGCAGUUGGCGAUCCGCUGGUUUAAUUGUGAAGAACAAUUUGAGGAGGAAACUCUGUGGUUCCCGUGGGCAUUUUUCAAGAAGAUCACACACCAAUUCAUUGAGGAUGAUCAACCAUCAUUGCAGCAAGUUGAUGACUUCAUUCAGUGGGCUGUGAACAGCACCAAGCUAGACCCCACUACUCCAGUAUGGUUGUUCUGCAAAGGAAAAACCUUCGUCCAGUUCGAUUAUGACCAAAGAGGAGCAGAACUGCUCAGAGAAGCCAUAGUGAACUCAAGUGAUAACAGAUGGCUCUAUCUCGAAGCAUUGUAUGUCCACCGAAGGCUUGAAGACUACCAAUCGUCUCUCGAUUAUGCUCGCAAAUUGAAGUCUCUGUAUGAGACCCUUCAGGACAGUGACGAGUACAGGGAAAUAUAUGUAACCGAGGUUCUGCUGCCGCAGAUCGAAGAUCACAUGAAACUAAAAGAGUGGGGUUCUGCCGCUCAAUGCUGCAGAGAGUUCAUGCACAGCAAUCCAUGGAGUGCUAGUGGCAGUUAUGUGUUAGAUGGGGUGCCCAACAACACUCUGGACACUCUGGAGAAGCUGUUUGAGUGUCUGCAUCGGAUGAAUGAUCACGGCGCUAUCAUCGACCAGCUAGAAGCGUGGCGAACACUCACGGAUGAUGAAGGACUUCUUUAUUGGUUUGAGCUCGUCGCUGAUAGCACCAAGGUCCAACAAUAUGUCAUUGCUGCAGCAAAGCAUACGGACAAGGUGAACACUGUUCACAAGAUGAUACUGCAAGUUCAAAAGGCAACCGAGUCGAAAGCCUUACUAGGAUCCCUCCGGUACUUCGAGGCAGCUCUUCUGAUCUUCGGUAGUAAAGUAGACACGCGAUACAGCGAAGGUAUAGUAAUCUGGGAGCAGAUUAUGGAGCCACGUUCCCGGAUGCAGAUAUCGGAGCUGACGGUGGAGCGGACAGCGCAUGCUUUAUCCACAGUCCUUCUGGACAACGCUCUUCUUGAACCGUCGAAGCCUGCACCACAUCAAACUUCAGGGGGGUUUUCACGAAGAUUGCUUAGGCUUCGCCAGAAUGAUCUUGGAAACGACGUCUUCUUCGACAAUCCACACAUCUGUUUGAUCAGAUUGCAUGCGGCGCGCAAAGACAUGAGCGCAGCACGCAGAGAAGCCAAAGAACGACUAUUCACGGUUUUUAACGACUGGCCCGAUGAAACUUAUGAUGGCUCGCUUGCAACACGUUUCUUGGGAUUGGCGAAGACCUUGACCGUUCUUGAUGAUGACGAAAAUGCUAUUGCAGCAUGGCAAGCGCUCAAACCACGAACAGAGGUUGUUGAUCCUGAAUCAGAUUCGAAUGAAACUCCUCCAACAUACCUGGAUGAUAGGUUCAAUUUCACCUGCGACGGAUGCGGUGCCCACCGGGUCGGUUUCGUCGAAUGUUGGGUAUGCAAACAUUGCCCCGACCUGCAGCUUUGCAUACAGUGCGAACAAGACCUUCGACAGGAUCAUCUACCACCUACCAUCUGUAACAAGGAUCACACCUUGCUUUACCUUCCGCCCAUUAAUCUGGACGCAGUGAAAGAAUUAUCACCCGAUCAGACACUGUGUGGUGGACGUGGAGUGUCGAGAGCCGAAUGGAUCGCCAACCUCCGCGACAAGUACGAAGUACAGCAGGAUCAGAUCGAGAUGUGGAUGCAGGAGAAGGCACGGCGAAUGAGAGCAGCAAGAUUUCUUAUUCAGUUCCUUAAGUGGCGUAUGAGGGCCCGCAAAAAGAAGAACGCCUCGGAGAUAAUCUCUGCCUAAGCCAGUGAGCCAGAACCAGACAUGUUCAUUCGGAUCGAGGCAAUUCAUCUUGACAUUAGCCAUCUUUUAUGAAA